ACCGUCCCACACUCAGCAAUGGACGACUCCGUCGCGCAGUUCACCAGCAUCACCGGCUGCGAGGCCGAGCGCGCAAAGUUCUUCCUCGACGCGGCCGGCGGCGACGUCGAGAUGGCCGUGGCCAACUACUUCGAGUCGGGCGGCGAUACAGCUACAGCGGGCACGCCUGCUGCUGCUGCCGCCGACGACGAAGAAGACGAGCCUGUGGCGAGCUCAGCGCCUGCGGCCUCUUCAACGGGCCCGCGCACGCUCUCUGGUGCUCCGGCUGAGCCCAUGCCCGAGGGCUGGGGCCGUCCGGCUGCCUCGGCGGCGCCAGCUCGCAGCGGCGCUGGCGGCUUCACGGCGGGCGGCGGGCGCGGCGGCAUUGCCACGUUCCGCGACUUGGCUGCAGCUCAAGGCAGCGGCAGCGGCGGCCCCUCUGGACCAGCCGGCGACGACUCUGACGACGAGUCCGAUGACGGACGCGACCCGGCCAACUUCUACGCCGGCGGCGAGCGCAGCGGCCUCAACGUCGUCAACCCGAAUCGCGGCGCGCGUGGUCCGCAGCCCGACGUGGUGGCGGACAUUCUGAGGCAGGCGCAGGAGGCCGGAGCACGUGGACCGGAUCCGGAGGAGGAGGGCACGCUGUCGCGCACGGGCGGCACCGGCCCGAGCUUCAGCGGCCGCGGACGCACGAUUGGGCAGGAGGCAGAGGAGGAGGAUGAGUUGGCUGGUGCUGAGGAGGAAGAGGCGCCCGUGGCGGAGGAGACUGUGAUCCGUCACCUCACCUUCUGGCAGGACGGCUUCAGCGUCGAGGACGGUCCAUUGAUGCGCUACGACGACCCGGCGCACGCGCAGACGCUGGCGCAGAUCAACAAUGGACGUGCGCCGCUGGCACUGCUCGGCGUGCGCUUCGGCCAGCCCGUCGAGCUGCGCGUGGCGCGCCGCACCGACGAGAAGUACACGCCGCCGCCUCCCGCGCCCAUGAAGCCGUUCGGCGGCAGCGGCCAGCGUCUCGGCAGUCCGGCACCCACGCCGUCGUCGUCUGCGCAGCCAGCUGCUGCUCCUGCUACGCGCGCACCCAACCCCACCAACGUGGCGUUUGAGAUCGACGAUGCGCAGCCCACGACGACGCUGCAGAUUCGCCUCAUCGACGGCCAGCGCGUCAGCGCUCGCUUCAACACGUCGCACACCGUCGCAGACAUCAGACGCUGGAUCGAUGCAUCGCAUCCGAACCCCUCACGCAGCUACGUGCUGCAGGCGUCGUUCCCCCCCAAGCCCAUCGCCGACGAGACGCAGAGCAUCCAGGCCGCCGGCCUCGCGGGCAGCGUCGUCAUCCAGAAGGGCACCUAGGCACGCUGUCAGACGGGACAAUGGCAUGUGACAUUCGCGACCAGAUGG